AUGGUUUGUCAAUCGUUCGACUAUUCGUUCAACAACAAUGCCGGAGAGCUUCACGAGGACCGCCGCAAGCGAAUCGCCAUUGUCGGCGGCGGAAACUGGGGAUCCGCGAUCGCGUGUCUCGUCGCAACGACCGUCAAGCGACAGAGCGGCCGGUUCAACCCUGUUGUGCACAUGUGGUGCCGCGAUUCCAGAGUGAGUCGAGAGUUUUCGACAAAACUAGAGGGUCUAGAGACAAAAGUCGACCGAAAUUUGCGUUAAUUUCUUGAGGAUAUUUGAAAAUAUUCCAAAUUUCUUGCGCAAAUUUUCAAAAAUUACAUUCGUUCGUUGAGCUGUGCGCACCCCGGUUUUUCACGCAAAUUUCGACCGACUUUGGACAGAGAAACCUUCGGUUUUUCCGGUUUUUCCGAGACUUUACUAUAUAUUAGUAACUGAUAAAAAAUCGCUGUGAGUUUGGUUCGUUUACGCACAAAAAAGAACCGUCCGACCCGUGGAUUUUCUUCUUUUUUUUUCGGCCGAUCGCUCGGCUGGCUGCCAUCCGCCGCACUGCGUUCCCGAGAGCGAACGCUCAAAUUGGCGGGCCGUUAUGAGCGGUAGGUCUACUAAAAACGCCAAAGUUCGUAAAUUUUCACUUUUUCACGCACUUUCUGGUCCUUCAUUCUGUAGCUAUCGGUCUCACGCGCAACCGUGAGCCGACGGCUUUUCUUAAAAACCGGAAAUUCGAGUCCGUGACAAAAGGGCGGAAAACGAAAAGGUCGGAAGUAUACUUAUAAGUGACAAAAUGUCGGAAAAAAUGCCAAAAUGUCGGAAAAAAGUGACAAAAUGUUGGAAAAGUGCCAAAAGGUCGGAAAAAAAUGCCAAAAGGUCGGAAAAAAAUGCCAAAAGGUCGGAAAAAAAUGCCAAAAGAUCGGAAAAAAAUGCCAAAAGGUCGGAAAAAAUGCCGAAAAAAAUUACAAAAAGUCAGAAAACAGGUAUUUUAGCAGUUUUUCCGACCUUUUGACAUUUUUUUCCGACCUUUUGUCACUUUUUUCCGACCUUAUGUCAUUUUUUUUCGAUCGUUUGGCAUUUUUAUCCAACUUUUUGGCAUUUUUUUCCGACCUUUUGGCACUUUAACAUUUAUCGUUUGUUUUGAAAUUCAAAUGUUUCGCGGCAAAAAGAGCGCGCGAAAAUCCACGUUCUUGUUGUUUUGUUAUUCGCGAACGAACAUUCUGUUCGAUCGCGAUCGCUCGCUGCCCUCCGCACUUGCCGAUUCUCAUUUUCGUCGCAAAUUUCCGCGAUUUCCUCUAAAAUUCAGCGCAGUUUCGCUUAAUUUCCUAAUUUCGCAAAAGAAAACAGUUUUCGCCGUUUAAAAUACCGUGAUCUUCUCGCCUUGUUUUUCAUCGAAAUUUCGCCAAAUUCGCUCGAAUCUCAUCCAAACACGCCGUCUUUUAUACUUUUCUUUCCCGAAAUGUGUUAUUUGUCUCUGGUUUCACUGAAAACCACACCAAAAUCGUCCGGUUUUGCGAGCAAACCACUUUUUUCGCCGCCUUUUCUUUAUUUGACGUGAAAAACUAUAGAGAAAGACGGAAAAACUCGCAAGAAAUGUGAAUUUCUCGUUUGCAGAAGCCGGGCGACACCUCCGAAUCGAUCGCCGACGUGAUCAAUCGUCGCCACGAGAAUGCCAAGUACCUGCCGGGCCGCCGCAUUCCCUCCAACGUCAUCGCCACUUCGAAUCUUCUGGAUGCCUGUGCCUCGGCGCACAUUCUGAUUCUCGUCGUCCCGCAUCAAGGAAUCGCGCAGAUUUGUGAGGAACUCAAUGGAAAAUUGCUGCCCGACGCCCACGCAGUCUCGCUGACCAAAGGCAUUUCGUCGGAGAUGGACGCGGAAACGAAAAUAAUGAAAAUGCGUCUGAUUUCGGAGGACAUCGAGGCGGCGCUCGGCGUCGAAUGCUCCGUCCUGAUGGGCGCGAACCUGGCCGGAGAGGUCGCCGACGGAAAAUUCUGCGAAGCGACGAUCGGAUGUAAGAGUUUGGAGAAUGGUGAGGAGCUGAAGGCCCUCUUCGACACUCCGAACUUCCGAAUCCGCGUGACGACCGACUUUGAGGCGGUGGAACUUUGCGGAGCACUUAAGAACAUUGUGGCGUGUGCGGCCGGUUUCGCCGAUGGACUCGGAUGGGCGUGCAACGUGAAAUCGGCGAUUAUUCGGCUGGGACUGCUGGAAACGAAGAAAUUCGUGGAGCAUUUCUAUCCGAACGCGGAGGAAGACGGAGGAAACACGUACUUGGAGUCGUGCGGACUCGCCGAUCUCAUCACCACUUGCUUCGGAGGCAGAAACCGGAAAGUGGCGGAGGCGUUCAUCAAGAGUGAUAAGGUUGGUCAGAUAAAUAGACGAGAGACAGUGUUUCAACAUCUUUCACAGCAACAAAUUUACAAAAAUCCAAUUUUCAGUGCCUGGCCGUUGUCGAGAAGGAGUUGCUGAAUGGUCAGAGUGCGCAAGGACCGCCGACCGCGCAGGACGUGUUCGAGAUGCUCGAAAUGCACGAAAUCGCCGAGGAAUUCCCGAUUUUCACGUCGGUCCACAAAGUUUUCGUUGGCGAGCACACCGAGAAGGACCUUUACGAGGCGCUGAGAAACCAUCCAGAGUACGAAUAA